CAAGGGGAAGAGGGAGAGAGAGUGUGUGUUUCGUAGAUUUUGGAUAAAUAGAAAUCGAAAAUGUGCAAGAGCAGCAAGCCAAACACGACGACGACAACUGCAACUGCAACAGAGCUCACAAACUUAUUAGCAAAAUGCACAAAGUCAACAAACGGUCCCAACGGCAGCAACAUUGGCAGCAUCAACGCUAGCAACUGUCAACAGAGGCGCAUGCUAGGGGCAGCUGCGGCAGGCGGCAGCAACGAAGAAGAACCACAAAAACAGGGAGCCAAACAUCAAAACAUGCAGCAGCAGCAGCAGGAGAAGCAGCAGCAAGAGCAGGAGCAGGAACAUAAUCAGCGGCAACAUCAACAACGCCAGGAACAAGGACAUCAAAUAAAGCAAAUGGCAACGGGGACAAUUGGUGAGGCAGUCGCCAUUGCGCCAGCCAAAGAACUUGAACAGAAACACGAAUUUGGACGAGACCAAGAACAGCGUCGUCGACAUUGCAAUAAUGUUGCCAGAGUGCAGCAUCAGCAACAACAGCAGCAGCAGCCACAGCGGCAGCAACAGUUCAAGCUGCAUCAACGUAGCUGUCUCUCGAUUGUCCUGUGGUUGACGCUCGCAACGACUGCAGCAGCAGCAGCAGCAGCAGCAACAACAGCCAAACCAGAAGCAACACCAACUAUGUCGACAAUUGCCCAGCGCUCCGCCCGCUCGUUGAGCAGCGGCCACAAGACUCUGAGCAGCGGCGUCAGCAGCGGGCUUAUCGGUGGCAAAAGCAACGCACGAGAGCUACACUACGAGCUGAACAGCGGCGCCGGUGCCGGCAAUGGCGGUGGCGGCGGCGGUGGAGCAGCCGGCAUCGAGUGUCCCAGCUUCGAUGAUAGCUCCGCCUGCCCCUGCUACAAGUUCGAAGAUGGCCUGUUUCUGGAGUGUCCUGGCACGACGGCGCUGUCGCUGCGCUCGACGCUGGAACGCAUCUCGGCGCCGAUACACUCGCUGUCCAUUUACGAUUUUGAUCGGUCCGUGACAUCACUCUCGCAGGACGUUAUACAGCCGGGCGUACACAUACGGCACCUGCAGUUCUCGCACUCGCACCUGGAGGCGCUCAAGGAGAACAGCCUGCGUAAUGUGCGCGGCAGUCUCGAGUCUCUGAGCAUUGUCAAUGGCAAAUUAACGCAGCUGCCCUCACGAGCACUGAGCUCCAUGCAAAAGUUAACCGCCCUGGACUUUGACUACAACGAGAUCGUGCGCAUCGAUGACUAUAGCUUCUAUGGACUACGAGUGUCCAAGCUGAACAUUAAGGGCAAUCGACUGCAGGGCAUACCGGAGCACGGCUUUGCCGGACUGGAGGACUGCAUGCAGGAGAUCGACGUAUCGGAGAAUGGAUUGCGAACAUUCCCGAUGAUGGCGCUACGCAAGCUGGAUCACCUGCGCAUCCUGCGGCUGUCCAACAAUAAGAUAUCCACAUUCUAUGGGGACAUUCAGCUGGCCACAAACAAUGCCUCGGCGGCAGCGGCAACAGCGGCCGCACUGCAGCUGCCCUCAUUGAUCCUGCUGGAUCUAAGCUCGAAUCAGUUUAGCGAGAUCGUCCACGAUUGUUUUCGCGCCUUUCCGCAGCUGAAGACGCUCUCAUUUUAUGCCAACCAGAUUGAGAUCGUGCAGCCCGAGGCGUUCAGAAGCCUCAAGGAACUCAUGUCGCUGGACAUGUCGCACAAUCGCAUCAUUACGCUAGAUCCAAAGGUGUUCGAAAAGAACAAGCGGCUCCAAACGGUCGAUCUGAGUCACAAUCACAUACACGCCAUCAGCGGUGUCUUCUCCAACCUGCCACAGCUGCGCGAGGUCUUUCUGUCGGAGAACAAUGUGCUGGAGCUGCCGGCAGAUGCCUUCACCAAUUCAACGAACGUGGACGUCAUCUACUUGGAAUCGAAUGGCAUUUCGCACAUUGAUCCCAACGUCUUCAGCACUUUGGCCAAUCUGGAUCAUCUCUAUUUGCGCUCCAAUUUCAUACCGUUGGUGCCCGUCACUCUGUUCGACAAGUGCACGAAGCUCUCGUCGCUGUCGCUGGACAACAACGAGAUUCAGGAUCUGGAGAUCGGCAUGUUCCGCAAGCUGGAGCAGCUGCGCGAGGUACGGCUGCACAACAAUCGCAUCCGUCGUGUGCGGAAGGGCGUCUUUGAGCCGUUGCCGGCGCUGCAGGAGCUGCACAUUCAGAAGAAUAACAUUGAGGACAUUGAGCCUGGCGCAUUUCAUACUCUGGCCAAUAUGCAGCACAUUAAUCUACAGGACAAUCAACUGACCGAGUUGGAGGACAUAUUUCCAGAGCAGAACUCUUCGCUGCUCUCCAUACAGCUGGAGUCGAACUAUUUGCGCAAGAUCCAUCAGCGCACGUUCCGGCAGCAGCAGCGCAUCCAGAUCAUGUGGCUGCGCGACAAUCAGCUGCCGAAGAUCGAUCGUUCGCUGUUCGUGGACACACCGCAUCUGGGCCGGCUCUACCUGAGCAACAAUCACAUACGCGAGAUCGAGAAGGACACCUUCGUCAGCCUGGGGCAGCUGAAGUUUCUCGAUUUGAGUGGCAAUCAGCUGAGACAGUUGCGACGCGACUAUUUCGCCACAUUGCACAGUCUCGAGGAGCUGAGUCUGGCCAACAAUCAAAUCGAAACCAUUGACGGCUACGCCUUUAGCCGGAUGAAGCAGCUCAAGUCGCUGGAUCUGUCGCACAAUCCGCUGGUGCAGCUGACACGCGACAUCUUUCUGGAUGAGCUGCCGCUGAGCACACUCAAUCUACGCAACACCUCGUUGCGCAAACUAGAGCAGAACACUUUCAAGUCCAUGCAGAAUCUGAACGAGCUGAAUCUCGAGCGCAAUCAACUGAAUCCGGCGGAUAUACAGAAGCUAGAUGUGCCCAGCCUGCGGCGUCUGCACUUGUCCCACAACAACUUCAGUCAUGUGGGCAUCGGCGGCAGCCUUGGCGGCAUCAUGUCCGGCAUGUUCGACAAGCUUCGCUCCCUGCAGCAGCUGUCCAUGGCCAACUGCAGCCUGAGCAGCAUACCCGAUCAGCUGUUUGCGAAGAUCACGAACUUAGUGCGCAUCGAUCUGUGCGAUAAUCAGCUAACCGAGAUGAACCGUAACAUCUUCAACGGGCUGAACGUGUUCAAGGAGUUGCGUCUGUGCCGCAAUAAUCUGGUCGAGUUCCCACACAUUGCACUGUACAAUCUAAGCACGCUGGAGACACUGGAUCUGGCCAAGAAUCAGCUGAACUCCAUUGAUUUCUUUAAGCUGAGCGGCACCCUCAAUCUGAGGCAGCUAAUACUCCGGGAUAAUAAGAUCAGCUCGCUGAGCGGCUUCAAUGCAGUCAAUCUGACGCAGCUGGACAAUGUGGAUCUAAGCGGCAACCUGUUGCUCUCGCUGCCGGCCAACUUUUUGCGUCACUCGAUCAACCUGCAGCGCGUGGACCUGUCCAGCAAUCGGUUCCUGCAGAUACCCAGCUCGGCGCUCUCGGACGUGUCCAUUCCGCGCUUGUCCUGGCUCAAUUUGACUGGUAACCCGAUAAAUAAGAUCUAUACGGUGAAGGAGGAGCGUUACCUGUAUCUGAAGGAGCUGUACAUUUGCCAGACGAACCUGUCCAUACUCACGUCCAAGGACUUUGAAGCCUUCCAGGCGCUGCAGCAUCUGCACUUGAUCAACAAUCGGAUUACGCGCAUCUCGCCCGGCGCCUUCAAGACCCUGACCAAUCUGCUCACCCUGGACAUCAGCGUCAACGAACUGGAAAUGCUGCCCAAGGAGCGUUUGCAAGGUCUGCGGUUGCUGCGACUGCUCAACAUAUCGCACAAUACGCUCAAGGAUCUCGACGAGUUCAGUGGCGACUUGGCACAACUGCAAACGCUGGACCUGAGCUUUAAUCAGCUGGAUCGCAUCUCCAAGAAGACGUUCCGCAAUCUGCACAGCCUCACGGAGCUGCUGCUGAUGGGCAAUCGGAUGACGGCGCUCUCCAACGAUGGCUUCCGCUAUCUGCGCAAAUUGCAUCUGCUCGAUCUGCGCAAGAACUAUUUUGAGCUGGUGCCGUUGGAGCCGCUGAGGCCACUCGAAACGAAUUUGCGUUCCCUGAAAUUGGAGGAGAAUCCACUGCAUUGCAGCUGCGAUGCACAAAAGCUCUGGGAAUGGCUGCGGGAUCAUCGGAAAUGGUCGCUUUCGCCAACGGGCGGCGAUAACAUUAAUUAUCUGAGGUGCGAACACCCAACGGAGCUGCGCGGCAAGGUGUUUGGCCGCAUGGAGCCGCAGCAAUUUUGUGAUGCCCCAUUAAUACCCAAAAUGGCCAUACAGGACAUACAGCCAUAUUCGGUGGUCGUUUCCUGGCAGAGUCGCGACCAUUUGGGCCUCACUGGCUUUGAAAUUGUUUACCAUGCCACCGGCGAUGGACUCAUUGCGGCCCCAACCGACCGCGACGAGACCAGAGGCCGUGAUAAUCACCGCGAACGCGAGCCCGGAAUGGAAAUGGAACGGGACCGAGACCAGGACAGGCACCGGCAAGGCGUGCGCCAGCGCGAGCGAGAAAGGGACAGCGACCUGGAGCGCGACCAAGACCGCGAGUUUGAACGAGACAGAGAUAGAGAGCACCUCUCGCAGUUUGCUGCUACGGAUGAGAUACACGGCAAGCGGCUAAACGGCACGGCCAGCUCGACAAAGCUUACGAAAUUGAGCCCCAACACGCGCUAUCACAUCUGCGUCAUCGGGACCGGUAAUUGGCUCUCAGAGCCUUUGGCCAAUGCGCUUCAAAGGCUGCACUACAAUGAGACGAGAGACGAGCUGCUGCUGUCCAUGACGGGUGGCGCCUCUGCCUAUGCUGGUGGGUUUGGGGAUGUGGCCGCCUUGCCAUCACUGCCGGACAACUAUUCGCCGUAUCAGCACCUGAGCGGUGCGGUCGAGGAGCUGGAUCAGCAGGCAUUGAUAGAGAACAGCAUUGUAACGGACAAAGCGCUGCACGAGGUGCUUAAAAACUCGCACAUCUCGGCCUGCACGGACGUACAGACGCUGGACUCGACCCCAAGCCUCAUUACCGAUGAGAAUGGCCUGUCCAGCAACGGCUUCAUACACUCGAUAUUGACGCGACGCCUGGGCCUAAUUGUCGGCUGCUGUUUGGGCAUUAUAGUGUUCAUAGUGAUGAUAUCGGUGCUCAGCUACGUGAAGCUCAAGAAGCAGCGCAUCGAGAACGCCAAGCGACAGGCGGCUAUGCCACCAGAGUACAUCUCCUAUCGCCACUUCUCUAUACCCAACGAGGAGCUCACCAGAACCGCAGCGAAUGUGAACAGCGCCGUAGCCGCGGCAGCAGCUGCCUCUGCGGCAUCAGCCCCGUCAACUGCCGCACACAACAUGUCGAGCGUGCCAAGCGGCAUCAGCGCACAUAUAAGCGGCACGAGCCUGAGCACCGGCACCACAACUACCACGGCCACAACGCCCAUUGGUGGUGUACCCUUGCCCAUGGCCAAGUCGGGCAGUCGCAGUCCCAUUGUGGGCAUUGCGGGUCUCGUUGUGGAGAACGGCGAUGCCGCCGCCGCCGCCGGCAACGUGAUUGCCGUCUCCACCGUCUCGCCGGCAGCAGGAAACGCUCACAACAAUCACAGUCACAACCCUCACCAGGUGGCGCAUCGUCCAAACAACGGCGCCAUUGGGGGUUACAUGGCCGCUGGCGUGGUACUCAAUACGAAUCAUCUAAGCGUCUGUUAGUCGCACUAGCUACUCAACGCCUUCUUUUUUUUCAAAUUAUUCAAAUGCAUUCGAUUAUGAGAGUCCUUUUCAAGAGCUCCCACUUGCGACCUGUGUGUGUUGUCUAUUAUGCUGAAGUUCAAUCCGAAUGGCCAUCAAAAAUGGA